GCUUAUUAAAAUAAAAAUUUAAAAGUCUUCAGUGUUCUUCAUGAUCUUGUCUUUACAAACUCCAUAGUUAAUUAUUAUGGAAAUAAUCAUUUAUUUAUAAAAAUUUACUAGAUAUCCCUAAAAUGUCAACUAAAUAACCGUCCGAAAUGAAUUACAACCACAAUCUCAUUACCUAAAAAAACAUUUUAAAAACUUAUUCAAAAACAGUUUUAAUUAUAUUAUUUACAUUAAGUUGAGGUAAUUGUGAAGAAUGUGUCUUUUUGGGCAAUUUGUCACAUUUUCAAUAGAAAUUGACAAAUUGAAUAUGUGUCCGAGAAGUCGCUGUCAUCUAAGUUAUCCAUAGCAAAUACACCCCUCAAGGAAGAGUGUGUUUUCCAAAUCACAUGAACUGCUCUACAUGAUGUCAUUUCCUCCUGAAGAGAAAACUAGCAAGACUCCAAGGCAAAUGCCACGAUUAUCUGCUGCAGAAAAGCAGCGCCGUUACCGUGCACGGCGAGAUGCUGAUCCUGCAAAAAGGGAGGCAUACUUGGCAAAAGGCCGGCAGAAAUGGAGAGAAAAGAGGGAGCAAGGUGCAUACUAUAAGCCCAUAUGUGAACAGAGUGAGAGGGAAAAACGUGCAAAGAGAAAGGCCUGGAGAAGAGCCCAGGAACAGAGCAGACGCAGAAAGAAACAGGCUUCUGCUAUUGUUACCCCACCACUUAGUCCUGACAGCGAGGAACAACCAGUUCCACAACCAGGAAGACAGAGAAUACAAGGAAGAAGGACUAGAAGAAGACGGUACCAGAAAAUAUACAUUGAGAAUCACAAACUCAAGGAAAAGCUUAAAGCUCAAACAAAAACAUCAGACAAAUACCGUAAGCGCUAUGAACGGCUACUGUGCAGUGUCGACUCUCCUAGCAAAAGAACAAAAAGGAUGCUCGGAACAAGUCCAGUCAGUAAUGAUGUGCGGAGAACUCUGGUCUAUCAUCAUGCACUUUUGAAAAGCCUCAAACAAAAAUUUCAGUGUGCAGCAAAAGAAAAGACCAGGAACCUAAUCGCCAGAAUCGUAUCUGGAAAAAUAUUGAAAAAAUACAGGUUCCAGAAAAUCAUUCAUGACACACUGGGUGUCUCAGCCAAACGAUUCUGCAAGAAUGUGAACACAAAGGGGACGAAAUAGCCUGUUAUGCCAGGAAGAAAUACAUAUCCACACACUCAAAACUGCAAGACCAGGUUGUUGCCUUUUACACCAGGGAUGACGCAAGUCGUUCAACAGCAGGUAAAAAGCAGACCGUAACAAAGGGAAAAGUAAAAAAGCAGAAGCGGUUUAUGACUGACACCAUGAACAACCUCCAUAGGAAAUUCCUGCUGGAAAACGUCUCUAGCAAACUUUCCUAUACACUCUUCUGCCGAAUGCGCCCAUACUGGGUAGUCCAUCCAACCAUUUCAGACAGAGAUACGUGUCUAUGUAAGGUGCAUGAAAACUUGGAAUUUAUUGUGGAGAAACUUCAUGGACUUAAACUUCUGGAGAGAACAGAGUUGGAAUCUCUUGCUGAGGAAACUUG